GAGAUCCCUUAAACUCACGUGACGAACAGAAUAAAGCAAUCGAUACUUUCGUUUGGCUGGUAAACACCAGGUUGCUGAGUUCCCGCAGAACGUAUCCCGCGGCUAGAGCGACAACAACACACCAUUUAAACGCUCUAAAUUACUGCCAAUUAUCUUCUGACGAAGUGCCUCCAACCAACGAACGCCAGAUAAAUUGUCGAUAAGUGAACGUAUCGCGAUGUUUUAACUAUGAUUACCGCACACAAUAAAUCAUUCUCAGUUUUCGUUCGACGUUGGUUACGCAAGCUUCUACCUGUUAACUCUCCCAAAAACCACCCGAGAAAUGUUUAAAAAUUAUAUUUAAGAAAUAUUUUUAAAACUUAAUAAAAAAAAUGUCUCAAGAAAGAAUUUUAUUAGAAGAAACCUUUUAUGUUUUAACAAAGAAAAAUUCAGUUUUUCGCGUACGUUUAACAACGGGAGGUUUAAGUUUGAUAAAAGAAAGUCAGAGCCACGUAAAGGAACAAACGAUUCCCACCAAAGACAUAGUGGGAUGUCGGUGUUUACGGAGCAAGAAGCCGACCACGUCGUGUUCGUGUCAGUCUUUGCCACGCGCUGGCGGUGGUUUGAAAGUUGUCGACGAAAAUUCUCCGGAACAGGACGAAACCGACGCGAGCACCUACCUGUACGUUUACGCUUAUGUACUUCAAAACAAACAAAACGGGAAUUCUAAACGAGAAAAAACCAUAAUCACUUUGCGAUUUCGAUCGUUUGAUAAAUACGAGGAAAAUCACAAAGAAGCACAACGUUGGCGAACCGCAAUCAAACAACUGAUAAGAGGUGAUAAUCAAACGGAACCAAACGCGGACGUUUCAAUCAUGAGUCGAAUUAACGAGCAGCGAAAGCUGCUUGUUAUUUGUAAUCCAAAGAGUGGACCCGGAAAAGGUAAAUCAAUUUUUGAAGAAAAAGUUGCACCGGUCUUAGAAGAAGCUGAGAUUCAAUUUGAAUUUCAUUUGACGACACACGCUAAUCAUGCCAGGGAGUUUAUUAGAACAUGUAACGUUUUUCAAUGGAAUGGAGUUGUUUUGGUAUGUAUUUUUUAAAUAUUUUUAAUAAUA